GCAGCUCCCGCCCCUUGGCGGUCCAGGUCUCAGUUUGCCAGCAGUGCCGCAAGGCACAUCCAGGAAAGAUGAAGGGUAAGAAAACUCAGAAGGAGACAUCUGCUGAGCUGCAUGGUCUUCAAGACAUCAUGGAUUCACAUGGGUUCGAUGGCACUGUGAAUUCAAAGCUCUCCAGGGACCAGCCGCCAAUCAAAAUAUGCAAGAAGUGCAGUAAGCUUCGAUGGAAGAGACCAGCUGGCUCUGCAGGUGCUGACUUGCCCAGAAGAUCCCAUGGAAUUCCACAGCGAUGGACUCCAGGAGACUCCUCAGCAUCAUCCAACCACAAGAUACCAGCGGUGUGGCUCCUUCCAGGAGACAAGAGCAAGACGCAGGAUGGAAUGGGGAAAACGGCUCCCACCAGGCAACCAAAGAUGGUGUCCAUUGCUACGAGUACAACAGAGCUUUUGCAAGCUGGGGAGAAAGGAACUGGAAAUCCUGACGGUUCUCCCCCAAAGUCACCAAAGGCCUCCAGAGCUAGGAAACCAUCCCCUUCAAGGAGCAAAGUUCUCAAACAGACGUUAAUGCACCUGAAGCAAAUCUUCAGCAAGCUUCAAAACAAAGUGAAGUCCCGAAUGUCCAAGGACUCUUGUUCCAGAACACCCGACACUAAAUUUAGAAAGCCACCCUUUUGGAAGGCAAGGGCCUCCAAGGGUGUCCGGUUCCCAUCCUACUGAAUCCCACCCUGCCAGCAUGCCCACUAACAGAAGGGGCCCACAAAUUCCAACAUCUCCCUAUCAUCCAGUGGGUCUGGUAAGCAUGGGCUAAAGUGGCUGAGACGAAUGGCUUGUUGUCCUGGGACACAGAGACUGAUGUAUAAGAGACUCUCCUUGGGGUAUGACAUUUAAACUCAGAUUCCAAGAUGAAGGGGGGUCUGGGGGCUUGGAUGAGAUUGAGGGUGUGGCUAGCUCACUGGAUUUGUUACUUUACCUCAUGCGGUUCAAGAAUCAAUCCUUCCUUCAAGAAGAGCUGAUACUAAAUUUACAAAGCUACCCUUUUGGAAGGCAAGGGUCUCUAAGAGUGUCCAGUAGUACUAUUGGUGCCCUACCGUCAAUCAAACCCAAACCAGCCCCGUGACCCCCAGAACCCCGCCCCUCGACCCCUUAAGCCCCGCCCACCUAUCACCAGAAGUCCCACCCAUGGGGGUAUUUCUUCUGGGGUCAAGGUGGACACAUGGCCGGAAGCAAAGUGUGUCAUGUGACCUCUCUAAGUACUCCUCCCGCUGCUCUCUAUCAAUCAGGAGGGGUUUCGUCCCCAUUGGCCUGGCCCAAGAGGUGAUUUGACCAAUCAGGGGUGUUCCAGGGUGGGUUGACCCAUCCAGAUGUGGCUCGUGUGACCCCUCUAAGAACUCCUCCCAAUGCUCUCUACAAUCGCGAUGGGUUUCGGCCGCAUAGGACCACCCCCAGAGCAGAUUUGACCAAUCGGUGGUGUUCCGGGGUGGAGUGACCCGCCCAGAUGAGGGUCGUGUCACCCUUCUAAGAACUCCUCCCAGCGCCCUCUGCCAAUCAGAGCGCAACACUAUCACCCCAUAAGUCCCAGCGCCGGGGCAGAAGAGGCCAUCUUUUACCAAGGAUGCGUGCUUUAGAAAUCAUGGAAACAUGGGCUCCUUCACCAUCCCUGUGAGCACUUUGGACUUUGUUUUAGCCCCGGGGGCCUUUGGGCUUUUGUGGAGAAAGGGCUAGAUCAGCGACAGUUCCCACGAGGGCUCUUUGACUCAGCCGUUGAUGGAUACGCCGGAACCCGAAACCCAAAUUCUCGUGAGGCACCCCAAUGAGCAUGAAGGCCUCUCAUUUUUCACCCCCCCAGAGGUAGAAGGUGAACACAGCUCGGGGGAGUCAUCGGAGAACGAGGUGAAUGGAAAAGACAUUGCUCAGCUUGAUGAUGCCUUUCUAGAGGAGCCAGAGGCCCUGGACAGCGUUACAUCAAGCAGCGAAGAUGAACCGGGCUCUCCUUGUUUUUGCUCAAUGCCGAUACAAAUUGUUGAAGAGGACUCCGAGGAUGACAGCUAUGAGGAGUUUAGGAGGCUUGGCAUGGAACUAACUGAGCCAGUGCCACGUUGUGAGCAUAAAAAAGUCAUGCGGACUAUUGUACGUAUUGCUGUUUAUGCUGUCCUUAAUCCCGGCCUUAGGGAAAAGCUUUCUGAAGAUUGUGAGGGCCGUGUCAUAGAUGUGCCAGCCCAACGGCGCCAUGACUGUGUGACUUGGACUUCAGUAGAUCUAAACUGCAAGCUCCGGGGCCUGUGUGCUGAGCUGUAUUUGGAAAGCUUAUUAAACACUGUUCUUGCCAUAGGUUAUGCUAUGCAAUGUCUGUGCCUAACCCAAGAACAUUUAGCAUAAGGGGUGACCUUGAUAAAUGCUGUGCAAUUUAGUGCAGACUCUGACCGUGUUUUAAAGAAAAUGACCAAACCGGAAAAUGUCUGCGUCACAUUAUGGACUUGAACUGGGACCGUAUAGAACAUGGUUGCAACCAAGGUCCUGUAGUGGCACCAAAUCUUAUGUAAAGGGGGUCAUAUAAGGGGUCUAAGACCAGGUUAUGGGUUGCUGGUUAUUAUUAUGCUG